UUCUCUCCCGGAGCGCAGCUGCCCGGACAGCCGACGCGGCUGGAGCUCUGGGCGGGCUCUGCGCGUGAAUGAAUGGGCCCCCGGGGGACGCGCGCGGGACUGAAGGGCAUUAGGACCGUGAGGAUCGCUCCGCGCGCCUGUCUCUCCCUAUCACCCCGCCACCCUCCACCUCCCUCCUUUUUCUGCUCUGCAGGACUGAGCAGCCCGGCGCGAGCGAAAACAAACAGCUGGGGCUGCGAGCACCCCCGCCCCAGCCCCUAGAGCUUGCCGGCCCCGGCCCCCACUCGGGGCGCCCGCCCGCCCACCAUGAGGAAGAUCCGUGCCAAUGCCAUCGCCAUCCUGACCGUAGCCUGGAUACUGGGCACUUUCUACUACUUAUGGCAGGACAACCGAGCCCACGCAGCAUCCUCAAGCGGCCGGGGCGGGCAGAGGGCCGGAGGGAGGCCGGAGCAGCUCCGCGAAGACCGCACCAUCCCGCUUAUUGUGACAGGAACACCCUCCAGAGGCUUUGAUGAGAAGGCCUACUUGGCGGCCAAGCAGCUGAAGGCCGGAGAGGACCCCUACAGGCAGCACGCCUUCAACCAGCUGGAGAGCGACAAACUGAGCUCUGACCGGCCCAUCCGGGACACCCGCCACUACAGUUGUCCAUCCCUGUCCUACUCCUCGGACCUGCCGGCCACCAGCGUCAUCAUCACCUUCCACAACGAAGCCCGGUCGACCCUCCUGCGCACAGUGAAGAGUGUCCUGAACCGAACUCCGGCCAACCUGAUCCAGGAGAUCAUUCUGGUGGAUGACUUCAGCUCAGAUCCUGAAGACUGUCUCCUCCUGACCAGGAUCCCCAAGGUCAAGUGCCUGCGCAAUGACCGGCGGGAAGGGCUGAUCCGGUCCCGAGUUCGCGGGGCAGAUGUGGCCUCAGCGGCCGUCCUCACCUUUCUGGACAGCCACUGUGAAGUGAACACCGAGUGGCUAGAGCCCAUGCUGCAGCGGGUGAAGGAGGACCACACCCGUGUGGUGAGCCCCAUCAUCGAUGUCAUCAGUCUGGAUAAUUUUGCUUACCUUGCUGCAUCUGCUGACCUUCGCGGAGGAUUCGACUGGAGCCUGCAUUUCAAGUGGGAGCAGAUCCCUCUCGAGCAGAAGAUUGCCCGGACAGACCCUACCAAGCCCAUAAGGACGCCAGUCAUAGCGGGAGGAAUCUUUGUGAUUGACAAGUCCUGGUUCAACCACUUGGGGAAGUAUGAUGCCCAGAUGGACAUCUGGGGGGGAGAGAAUUUUGAGCUCUCCUUCAGGGUGUGGAUGUGCGGCGGGAGCUUGGAGAUCGUGCCCUGCAGCCGAGUGGGCCACGUCUUCCGGAAGCGGCAUCCUUACAACUUCCCGGAGGGCAACGCCCUCACCUACAUUAGGAAUACCAAGCGCACUGCAGAAGUUUGGAUGGACGAAUAUAAGCAAUAUUACUACGAAGCCCGACCCUCAGCCAUUGGGAAGGCCUUCGGCAGUGUGGCCACAAGGAUUGAGCAGAGGAAGAAGAUGAACUGCAAGUCCUUCCGCUGGUACUUGGAAAACGUCUACCCAGAGCUCACGGUCCCAGUGAAGGAAGUACUCCCUGGUAUCAUUAAGCAGGGGGUGAACUGCUUAGAAUCCCAAGGCCAGGACACUGCUGGUAACUUCCUGCUCGGAGUGGGGAUCUGCAGAGGGUCUGCCAAGAACCCCCCAGCACCCCAGGCAUGGCUGUUCAGUGACCAUCUCAUCCAGCAGCAGGGGAAGUGCCUGACCGCCACCUCCACUUCUGUCUCCCCUGGGUCCCCAGUCGCACUACAGGCGUGUAACCCGAGAGAAGGCAGGCAGAGAUGGAAACGAAAAGCCUCCUUCAUCCAGCAUUCAGUCAGUGGCCUCUGCCUGGAGGCCAAGCCUGCCCAGCUCCUGACCAGCAAGUGCCAGGCUGACGCCCCUGCCCAGCAGUGGCAGUUGCUGCCGCACACAUGACAGUGGCCCUGGGGCCUCAGCUACCUUUUGCAUGAGACUUUGGGACUGGAAGGGGGAUGGGGUGGGGGAGUGUAAAGCGGGCCGUUUCCAUCUCCUCACAUUUCUGCCGGAACCAUCAGCAAACACCCGUGCCGUGAGACACCAUUCUCCGAAGCUUGUACUGAUGAAUACUCCAAAGCAUUCUCCUGAUGCCCUGGCUGCCGACCCGCCCUCACCCCGGGAGAGAAGGCCAGGAUGCUGGCCUGCUGCUGGGCAGAGACUGGGCAAGUGCCCUCGCCCUUGGUCCCCUCCCUUUUGCCUCCUGGGGACCCUUCCCUUGUUGUUUGGGGUGAACACGGACAGAAGCCCACACAGGGUCCCCACUGUGUCACAGGGUCUGGGAUCACGCAGGAGGAAAGAACACAGGCGGCACAGAUGGGAGAGCCUGAGGCUGGGAGGAGAGGGGCAGCCUUUGGGGUGGACAGAGAACCAGAAGGGGGUGAGAAGCUCGGUGGCCUGUCUCAGGCAGGUCUGAGGUUGGGUGUGGGUGUGGGAGGGAUGGGAUCCGGGGGGAAGGAUGGAUGAUUUGUAGAAGGACAUGGACGGAAAAGCAGCACAUCACCCAAAGAGCGGGUCUCUUCCCAGGGACCUGAUCCCCAUGCCACACCAGCCCUGGGGCUCUGUGCCUCUAGUCCUAUGCUCUGGCCUUCUUAGCAAGAGGCUACAGGGCGAUCUUCAGGAGCAGCCUUGGGAUACAGUUUACUAAACGGACCCCACUUCUGUUCGGCCACGUGUCAGGAAGAAACCUCUCUCUCAGGCCUUAAUGACCUGCAGGCGCCCUGCCCCCCCUGCCUGGACCCACCAUGAGGACAUCAUAAGGACAGGUGGCUACCACGCACCAGUCAGCUGCCCCGUCCUCAUUUGUGGUUUUUGACAACUGCUUUCUCAAAAGCUGUUGCCUCUGUAAAUACUGCAUUGUGGAACCGGGUGGCGGGUAAGAACAGGCCCUCCUUUCUGGAGUAUUGACAUUCCCUCAGUCACUGGGAGUAAUUCAUCCUGGCUAAGCCUCAUCCUUACCCCUCCCUGCUAUGGGAGGGAGGCCUCAGGGGUCAGUCAGUGCAGUAGGAGGGAGGAUGGCCGGUGGCUCCCGAUUAUGUAGAGACGUCCCAGUUACUUCUCAUAGCCACUGGGCCUUUGCCCCACCCCAUGGCCUGGUCUCGGAACCACUUCUGUUGUUCCCCAUGUUCCUCUUCUCCCACCACCCUGGCUCAGGCAGUGUGAUCUCGGGCAAAAGACUGCUGGUACCAAGACCCCUAGGUGGUCCCCCUCCCAAAGAAAACUAGCCUGAGAUCCCUUGGAAGUUUAUGGAUUCCAGAGGGCCUAGGAAUCUCCUGAAAUUGUCCCUGCAAAUAGUGCAUGAGUAUGCAUAUAUGCAUUUUCCUGGAGAGAGGGUCCGCGGACUUCCCCUGCUGCCUGCAGAGGUCCUUGAGCCCCAAAGGGUCUGAACCCCUGCUCUGGAUUGGGGCUACCACCCACCUGAGCUGCCACGCCUCAUCUCCCUCCCUGGUGUGCCUAAACUGCUGUCGCCUGCUCCCUCCACGAAGCCCUUGGGCCCAGGAGCCAAGGGUCCCGGGUCCACAGCACCCCACCUGGAGGGUCCUCAGAGGUGCCCUCUCACCUCCCGGCUCUCACUGGUGUCCUCUUGGCAGUGCCCCUGUGUCCCGGCGUGCACCCUGCGGGCUCACUGGCACAGGGGCCACACUUCUGUCCUCUUGCGAUGUUUCAUCUACUGCCAUCUCCGUGGUACGUGUCCACCCUGGUACGCAGUGUGGACUUUAGGGAUGAGGAGCAGGGGCUUCCCUUGAAUGUAAAAGGGCUGCUGCUCAGACAGCCUCAGAGAGGCCCCGCCUUCCCUGCGGUCAGCCCAGGCGCAGCCCUUGUCAGCCAUCGUCCAUGGGACUCAGCCCUAUUCUGUUUUUGCUUUUCCUCUUCUUGACCAAAGCAUGUGUUACUAGCUGUCCUCGAGGACCUCAUCUUUAUGAAACACACACCUGGAAUAAAACCACUUCUCACACAUA